AUAUAUCAACCUUAGUACUCUUCCUCCUAUACUGACUCCUACACUUCUGCGCUCUCUCCAAUCCCUAAUUUUGUGCACAACUUCACACAAAAAGGAAAAAAAAAAGAAAAAAGAAAAAGAGCAGUCAUGGCUCUCUCACGUGCCAUGCUCAUGACAACCCUAAUGCUUGGUCUCUUAGCAUCUUCCACCAUUGCUCAAGGCCCAACAAUGCCACCGUCGAUGCCACCGACGACCUCUGCAUCACCACCAGCAGCCACUGCUGCACCAUCACCAAUGGUGUCCGCCCCACCACCCGCCGCCAGGACACCUCCACCCGCCGCCACCCCAAUGUCACCACCACCAACGAUGUCUUCUCCUUCUCCAUCAAUGAGCCCCACAAUGAGCCCACCACCAACAAUGUCCCCAACAAUGCCUCCAACUUCAAGCGCAACACCACCAUCAAUGGCACCUGAAUCAUCACCGCCUGAAAUGGGUUCUCCUCCGGAACCGGCAGGACCUGCUCCUACUCCGGGUGGCAUGUCACCUCCUUCUCCUGCAAUGGUCCCAUCUACACCUCCAGUCUCUACGACGCCAGAUUCAGGAGCUUUCGUUCUUGGAAGCAGCAUGGCAGCCUUGUUAUCGUUUCUUGGAGGAGUUGCAGUACUAUUUGCCUAAAUACCCUAUAUCCAUGGUCAUCAUUCGACCCUACAGACCCUUUUAGUUUAAUGUAGAUUAAGAUAUUUAUUUGUGUAUUCAUUUUUUGUUUUUACCCUUUUCUUGUUUCUUUCAUCUUCUUCUUCUUUUGGUUGAUUCUUGGAGCUGAAUUUGUGAUAGGGCGAGGAUGUUUUGGAGAUUUAAUUGGAUAUGUUACAGCUCUUGUGUAGCAUCUUGACUUUAGCUGAAUAAGGGAGACUGUGAUUCUUGCUUGUGUUUUA